UAGUCCAGUGCACGCUGGGUUACUUGGAUCCAGAAUAUUUGCACCCAAGCACAUUUAGCGACAAAACUGACGUCUACAUGCAUAGGUAGUGAAAAUGUGAGUUUUAGUCACAGGGGAAACUCUUGUGUCCUUGAGUUAUAGUAUACGUUUAGUUGGACAAGUUAUCUAAGUUUUCUGAAUUCAUUGGUUGCGUUAAGUCCCUCUAAAUACGCAUACAUUUUGCAUCAUGCAACAAAAUACCGAAUGAAAAAGUAGGACGAAGCUAUUAUUGACGGACUCAAUUGUUUUGGUUUUUGUAAAAAAAUAGAAUAUGGAGGCUUACCAUCCCGCACCCCCCCCCGCCCUCCUUCUUUGUAGGAAUCAAUUCCCACUUUCUAUAUUUCAGAUUUUUAUAUGAACCAUUCUCUUAAUUUCCAAGUUCCUAUUUAAAGAUCUAAAACAAAUAUAAAUAAAGCAAAAGGUCAUUUCUACAAAUCAAAGUAAAUUCUUCAUUAACCAUGAAGAUCAUUUCUUUGACUCUUAUUCCAUUUUUAAUAUCCAUGGCACCAUAUCCAACUUUGAGCAAAGCCCCUUUCGGCACUCCUUCUGCCGGUGGCGGCUCUGUUGGGUUUAACGCCCCUACUGGCCCCGGCUAUAGGAGUGGGGAUACCGCCCCCGGCGGCUCUAGUGGGAUUAACGGCCCUAAUGGCCCCGGCUAUAGGAGUGGGGGUCCCGGUAGGAAUGGCGAUACUAGCUCUGGCUAUAAAAAUGGAUCUCCACCCGGUAAGCGAGUAGGUGGAGGCGACCCUGGUGCGGCUAUCGUUGUGUUCCCAAAGAAACCUGUACCAACGCCAGUACCAGCAGAAUGCAAACCAAUUGCAGGAUGCGUCACUAAGCAUAUAGCCGGAGGCAACCCCACGGUGCCUCAAUACCAUGGACCAUGUUGUAAUCAAUUUAAAAACAAAGUAUCGUGUGUGUGUAAAUUCCUUAUGUCCACGAAUGCUAAGCAACAAAGGGCUGCUGAUGGUGUGGUUCGAGGUUGUAAUUUUAAAAAUCCCAUUUGUAUAAAGAAGCCAAUGCCAGCAGCAUGCAGACCAGAUGUUAAGCAUUGUGUCGAAAUGCAUAUGUACAGAAGAGCUAGCAAUCCUACAUUCGGAAGCCCAUGUUGUCAGAAAUUUAAAACCUCGAAACGAUGUAUCAUGGCGUUUAAAAGCUCUCCGGAUCCUCAUUUAAGCCAAGCAGCUAAGGGUGUUAUUGCAGGUUGUCAUUUUCAAUAAAUAAUUGUACAAAAGACCUAAAAAUGACAAUAUUAGCAAACCUAUUUUGAGACAAUGUACAUAUUGGUUUUUAUAUGGUGAAAUGAAAAUAUAUGUAUUACUAUA